GCAGGGGUGAAUAUGGUGGCAGAGCUGAUUGGAGUUACUUUGGGUCCAAGGGGUAGAAAUGUGGUGUUGCAAAAUAAGUAUGGCCCUCCAAGGAUUAUUAAUGAUGGUGAAACCGUUCUCAAAGAGAUUCAACUAGAGGACCCUCUUGAGAAUGUUGGUGUGAAAUUAGUGAGACAAGCUGGUGCAAAAACAAACGAUCUAGCUGGUGACGGUUCCACCACAUCUAUUAUGCUUGCCCAGGGCCUCAUUGCUGAAGGUGUGAAGGUUAUUGCAGCAGGCAUGAAUCCUAUACAGAUAUCACGAGGGAUUCAGAGAACUGCAGAAUCCCUUGUCUCAGAACUCAAGUUGAUGUCUAGAGAGGUUGAGGAUCAUGAGCUUUCAGAUGUUGCUGCCAUCAGCGCAGGUAACGAUUUUGAAGUGGGAAGCAUGAUUUCUGAAGCUAUUCAAAAAGUAGGAAGGAGGGGUGUUAUCACUAUUGAGAAAGGGAAUUGUGCUGAGAACAAUCUGCAAAUCGUAGAGGGGAUGCAAUUCGAUCGUGGCUACAUGUCUAAAUAUUUUACUGAUCGAAGAACUAUGAAAGCAGAAUUUCAAGAUUGCAAGUUGCUUUUGGUUGACAAAAUAAUUACGAAUCCGAAGGAGAUGUAUAGAAUAUUGGACAUGGCAGUUAAAGGGAACUAUCCAAUUAUCAUAAUUGCCGAGGGCAUUGAGCAGGAAGCUCUGGCUCCAGUAAUUAGGAACAAACUCAAGGGCGUACUGAAGGCAGCAGCUGUCAAAGCUCCUGCCUUCGGUGAGCGCAAGAGCCACUACUUAGAUGACAUUGCUAUCUUGACUGGAGGAACUGUGGUCAGGGAUGAUGCCGGUUUGACCCUUGAAAGGGUCCAAGAAGAUGUGCUUGGGACUGCGAGUGAGGUGGUCAUUACCAAAGACUCCACACUAAUAGUUACCGAUGGGAGCACUCAAGCUGCUGUCAAGAGAAGGGUCACUCAGCUCCAAAGGCUUGUUGAGAACACCGAAGAAAAUUUUCAAAAGAAAAUUCUUAAUGAAAGGAUUGCAAGGUUGUCAGGAGGAAUUGCUAUUAUCAAGGUUGGAGCUCAAACACAAGUUGAACUGAAAGAUAAACAAUUGAGGAUGGAAGAUGCUGUAAAUGCAACCAAGGCUGCUAUUGAGGAAGGAGUCGUAGUUGGUGGUGGCUGUUGUCUUUUGAGGCUAUCUUUGAAGGUGAAUGAAAUAAAAGAGCUUAUGGAUAAUGAAGAGCAGAAGAUAGGAUCUGACAUAUUCAAAAGAGCUUUGGAAUAUCCGGCAAGGCAGAUAGCCAAAAAUGCUGGUGUUAAUGGUAGCAUUGUUGUAGAGAAGGUUUUGUCCAACGAUGAUAUGAGGUAUGGAUACAAUGCUGCAAGCAACCAGUAUGAAGAUCUGAUGGCUGCCGGUAUCAUAGACCCAACAAAGGUAAUGAGAUGUUGUAUAGAGCAUGCAGCAUCGGUGGCAAAGACAUUUUUGACUUCUGAUGCAGUUGUGAUUGAUAUCGAUGGACCAGUGGCCAAAGGAAUGAGACCGCCGAAGCAAACCCCAAAGCCAACGCCAACGCCAACGCCAACGCCAACGCCAACGCCAAUGUCAAUGCCUCCCUCUGGAAUUGGUCCGAUGGGAUUUUAAAAUUUGGUCAGACACGUUUGAUCAUUUUCUAAAAUUGUUUCACAUUGUAAAUCACGAAUCUUGAGUUGAUCAACCAAAUGGAACUCGCACAUGAAGUUUCACGUUUCAUUCGGUCACAACAUGUGACUACAUAGGUCACCAUGGAAACAAGAAAGCAAAUUCGAAAAGGGGAUACAACAAAUGCACCAAAGAGUAACCGUUUAAGUAAAUGUUUUAGGCCUUUAGUCCAAUUUUCUUGAGAACGUGAACAAGGAAAGUGUAACGGUUGUUUUAUGAUAUGUAGCUUAUGAAAUAUGUUGAAGUUGCUUUUGUAGUCUUUGGUAUCAUUUAAGAAGAUGAAGGAAAGAAC